CGGGCGCAGUACGCUACGCGCGGGCGAUGUGUGCCGGUGUGCUUCGCGGAGAGUGCCUGCUUCGUGACGUGUGCUCAUGUGUUUGAGGGUUGCGUUGUGAUACCGCCGCCAUGGAGGACAUUACCUUCUCCGAGUGGAGCGACCGCCUGGACGCCACUGGGAGUAAUCAUUGGCUGCCGGCCUACGGGUACCAGCAGCCCACGCAUCUGCAGCCGGGAAGCAGGAAUGAGGAGUUUUUAGACAGCGUGAAACCAGUGGCGCUCAAUGGAAUGCGCGUGCGACAGGGGCACUGGGGGCAGACGGGUAGCGCGCACACCGAGGGGAAGUGGAGUUGUGAUCUGCGCUGCCAGGGUGAGCGGGCAUUCUUUGGAAUAGCAAAUCAGCGACAAGUUGAAUAG